AUGAAUAGGACUAAUUUCCUGGCGAUCAAUGUGUUCUUUCGCGACAUGUCCUACACCGAAUACGUUCAGAAGCAAGGAACGUCACUCACAGAAACACUCAGUGACAUCGGUGGAAACAUGGGCAUGUUCCUAGGAAUGAGCCUUAUUACGAUGAUUGAGGUGAUUAUGUAUUUUUCAAAAGUCGGUUGGAUAGCAUUUUCGAAGAAAAGGAGAGACUACAUGUACCGUAAGAAGAAGCAAGAAAAGGAGCAUGAGAAGCAGUUGGAGGAAACUGUGAGUAGCUUCAAGAUGUUUCGAAAUCGCAAAAUAGGCACAUCUGACGACAAUGCUGUGAAUACGGGAAUUCGUUCGCUGGGACUAGGAAUGGUCACCCCACUUCAGUGUGACACAUCAGUUUCGGUAAGAACUACAUGGUCCUGUGUUCAAAUAUUAAAAUAUUCUUCCGUGCUAAUAUGCUCGUGCUAG